UUGCCAUUCAUAUCUCGGGGCCCGGAGAGGUCGUAGCAAUUCAGGUUCCGGGGGUUCAAUCGUUGCCAUUCAUAUCUCGGGGCAGCAGUCGCCUGGCUUUCACCUGAGGUAGGUAGCGGGAGGUCGUCACCGCCUCCGCCUCUCUCUCCUCUCUCUCUCGCCUCUCUCCUCUCUCUCUCCUCUCUCUCGACGCCCGCCACCAUGGCGAGCGCGCUGGUUCGGGCCCCCCACGCCUCGCUGGGCCGGUGGUGCCGUGCGGGAGGCGCGGCGCUGCCCGCCGCGGGAAGCCCCGCGCGGAGCCGGAGCGGGGCGGCCUCGGACCCCGGCUACGAGUUCCUGCACCGCAGCGUGGUGCCCACCCUGCACUUCCAGCCCAGCCUGCCCCGGUUACCCAUCCCAAAGCUGGAAGACACGGUCAGGAGGUACCUGGCUGCACAGCGCCCCCUGCUGAACGAUGAGGAGUACAGUCAGACGGAGCGCAUCGCCCGCAAGUUUGAAGCCGGGGAUGGUCAGGAGCUACACAAGGAGCUGCUGGCGCUGGACAAGCAGAACAAGAAGAGCAGCUACAUCUCGGGCCCUUGGUUUGACAUGUACCUGGCGGCACGUGAGCCCGUGCUGCUCAACUACAACCCGUUCGUGGGGCUGACGGCCGACAGCCGGCCGGGCUACGGCGGGCAGCUGACGCGUGCCACCAACCUGACCGUGUCGGGGCUGCGCUUCAUGCGCACCCUGCGGGCCGGCGUCCUCGAGCCCGAGGUCUUCCACCUGAACCCGGCGCGCAGCGACACCGACUCCUUCCGCCGCUGGGUGCGCUGGCUGCCUUCCUCCCUGUCCUGGUACGGCGCGUACGCGGUCAACGCCUACCCGCUCGACAUGUCGCAGUACGGCCGCCUCUUCAACUCCACGCGGCUGCCCCGCGCCGGCCGGGACGAGCUCUUCUCGGAGGCCACCGCGCGCCACCUGCUGGUCAUGCGGCGCCAGCAGCUGUUCGCGUGCGACGUCCUGGAUCGCGACGGAUCCAUCCUCCCCGCGGCUCGGAUACAGGAGCGCUUGCGCCGCGUGAUGGCGGAGGCUGACGCGGCGGGAGAGCCGUCGCACCCGCUCGCCUACCUGACCGGGGAGAACCGCGACACCUGGGCCGGGCUGCGCCAGCACCUGCUGGAGCUGGGCAACCAGGAGGCGCUGGCGCUGGUCGACUCGGCCAUCUUCUGCCUGUGCCUGGACGAGGACGGCGCCGAGAGCGCCUCGCAGGAGCAGCAGCAGCAGGGUGAGGAGCGAUUGACGGCGCUCGGCGGACGCGACGCGCCGGCGCCCGUGCGUCUGUCGCACCUCAUGCUGCACGGCGUGGGCGGCGACCGCUGGUUCGACAAAUCCCUGAGCCUCAUCGUGGCGGCCGACGGGGAGGCGGCCGUGCACUUCGAGCACUCGUGGGGCGACGGCGUGGCGGUGCUGCGCUUCAUCAACGAGAUUUACAAGGACUCGCUGAAGAGGCCGGCCGUGUCUCCCGACGACGCGCCGCCCUCUUCCGACGUGGAACAGUCGUCCGUGCGACGCCUCGAUUUCCGUCUGGACGACGCGACGAAGGCGGCCGUGGACGCCGCUCGCCGGCAGUUCCACCGGACGGUGUCCGGCCUCGUCAUUCACGCCAUGGAGUUCGACAAGUACGGGAAGAACUUCCUCAAGAAGCAGAACAUUUCCCCGGAUGCCGUGAUGCAGCUCGCCUUUCAGAUGGCGUUCUUCCGCGAGCACGGCCACGAGGUGGCCACCUACGAGUCGUGCAGCACCGCCGCUUUCCGCCACGGGCGCACCGAGACUGUGCGGCCGGCGACGAGCGCCACGCGGCGCUGCACGCGCGCCUUCGUCCUGGGCCGCGACGAGGCCGGGGGUGGCGCAUCGCCGCCCGGCGUGGCCGAGCUGCGGGCCAUGUUGGAUGAGUGCUCGCGCUACCACGGGAAGCUCACGCGCGAAGCCGCCAUGGGCCAGGGCUUCGACCGCCACCUGUUCGCGCUGCGCAAGCUGGCGUCGGCGCGCGGUGGCUCGCUGCCGGAGCUGUACCGCGACGAGGCGUACACCCGCAUCAACCACAAUGUGCUGUCCACGAGCACGCUCGCCAGCGACGCCGUGCGGCUCGGAGGCUUCGCGCCCGUGGUGCCCGACGGCUUCGGCCUGGGCUACGGCAUCCACGCGCACUCCAUGGGCUGCAACGCAAGCGGCUACGCGGGGGGCGGCCGCGACGUCGCCCACUUCCUCAAGACCCUGCGCGUGAGCCUGGAGCAGAUCGGCGCCGUGCUGGAGGGCCGGCCGAUCGCGUGAGGGUCGUCCGCGACAGGGGCCCCACCCCCUCCCCCCCCCCCCCCCCCCCCCGUGUGGGCGCGUUUUCUGAAGACGUAGGGCUCGGCGGGGGGGCGGUGGGAAGCUGCCAGGAUGAGUUGUCGGAACUCGACGAGUCGCUACUGCUCAGGUUUUCGCGGUUGCGCUGUAUAGCCCCCUUCCGCCCCCCCCGCCUCCUCCCGCCACCAAUGUAAUUUCGGGUUGUACCACGUGGUCUUCGUUCGGCACAAGGUCCGACGUUUCGCGACACGUGCUGAGAACUUCUUCAGCAACCGAUUUUAGAAGCUCUCUUGCACGUGGAACGGAACAACGGUCAGUGCGCCAAGCAACGCGCGGUAGCAAUCUGAAAGCAUGUCGUAAAAAUGCCAGGAAACAAAUAUAAAGGAGACGGUGAACACGGGACGAAAAAAAUAUUAAUUCUCGAGUCGUGACUGCGAAUCGUGACGGGUAAUUGAACGGCUGGGGCCAGGGGAGGGGAAUGGGGAGUUCGCCGUUGCGUGACUGGGACCUCGAUCAUUCCCUGAGGCACACCCGUGGGAGAAUAUCUCCCACUCAUCCCACGCAUGCCUCCCCACUCACGCUCACUCCCGUCCGUCCCUCGUUUCCCAGCCACGCAAACCUCGUCUUCCGCAAUUUGUCCCACUCGCUGCCAUCCAUCCCUUGCCCUCGCGCCAAAAUAAUACAAUUUGAUUUAUCGAUCAUAUAAAUUCCAUCACUUAAUAAUACGGAUGGCUGGAGGAUUGGAGGAUAGAGAUUGUGAUGGGGUGGUGGGAGGAGCAGAGAGAAUGAACGACCUCUAUCUCUCAUCUCCCACACAUAUCUCUUUCCUUGCACUCCUCACACCGGCCAUCAUCUCCCAUCCAACCCGGUACUACCUCCCCACUAACUCCGUCCAUAUCGGGCCCCCCGCAGCCAAUUUCAAUGUCAUUGUCGAUUUUAUGAAUAGUUUUUUUGACUAAAUUAGUUUUUUUUCUAAUCCGCACAACUAACUAGUGUUGUUAAUUCAGAGUUUACUGUAUUGCAAGUGCAUUAUUUUAAAUGUAAAAUGUAUAGCUUUUUAUGUCUGUCUGACAUCCAACGUCUCGGUAAUCGAAGUGAGAAACGGGGGAGGGGGGGGGGGGCGUGUAGAGAGUUCUCUAAAGCGGCUGUCAAAAACGGCAAAAUGUGACUUUCGUUUGUCCUUGAAACACGUGGCGCCUCCAAAGAAACGCAGCCGUGACGAUGUCGCGGCUGCACUGACCACCGCGCCCACAGAGUUGGCGUAAAAGGCUCAGAACUCGGGCCCUGUGUCUGUGUUGGUACGUGUGCUGCACCGCCAAAAUAGAAUUGCGUGUGGCUUUGCAGACAUGCUGUGAAUGUACCUACAACGCUCGCUCGUUCAAACGCACACUCGUCUCUACGGCGAAGCCGCUUUCCAUAGCGCCGUUCACGUACCCCACAAAGGGGGGGUACGUGAUGGCCCUCGUGCUGUUGUUCCAUUUAUAAACUUCCAGUGGUCAUGAACUGCGUGACAAGUUUGUGUUGAUGAACAUGUUAUUGCACAGCAUAGAAGUACAAUGCAACGAUGGAUUUUGCUGCAAUGUCCUGUGUUGGCAACAUGGUCCCGAAACAAUCAAAUUGAUCCAUGACAGUUACCCAUGAACACACUAUCCUGGCUAGGCAAAUUUAUAAGAAACUACAGUAUAAUUAACAGACGAGUCAUCCUCUUUCGGUUUUUCGGUAAAGUCACAUAUAGAAAAAUAAUAAAACAAUAGAUCAUUGUGAUUUUUAUUUUAUUCUUUUUCUAUCUACGUGACUUUACCGAAAGACCCAAAGAGUAUGAAUUCCUGCAGUCACGAAAGCUUUAAGUCGAGAUUUAGACGAAUCAUCUUUUGGCCAAUUGUGACCCCAUUAUGCUCUACGUGGUUGUACAUUUCAGUGUGUAUAUAAUCUCAGUUGUAAUUCAUUCAAGGCUCACGGUUAAGUUGGUCUCACGAUUCACACGCAGGUCUUUACGGACCGGAUGUUUCACGGCAGAGGUCCAAUUCUGUGAAUGCACCUCUUUAUCCACCAGUUUAUUCGUGUUAGGGUAGUUUGUAGGUAUAGUACAACGUCACAUAUCCGACACGCUGGAGGACUGAGGCAUAGUUGCAUUUGUGAAGAGGUCUGAUAACUGAACAGAUAAAAAUACACAAAUAGAUCACUGCCAAAAAGAGAUACAAGUUGCAGGGGAAGAAGGGUAAUCGUUCCUGCCAGUGCUUUUCACCAAGAAUGAGGAUGAAGAAGAGGUCAAGGUGUGGGAUGUACUGAUUGGAUUUUUUGUGCAAAAAUUAUCCUAUGAAUAUUUCUUCGACAGGUACAGCCCCGAAUAUGCUGCUGAAUGAGGGCUGUCCCCCCCACCGCGCUAGGCUGGCGGGCCAUUGGGAUUAGUUGACCGUAAGGUCACUACUGGUUACUGUGGGUUUGUGAAGGUUGGGGAGCAUAGGCGUUGGAGCAUAGUCCAGGAAGGCAAUCCACUGCCCUCUUGCAGACAACGUAGCCUCGAUCUAUAGCAUAGAAACUGCGAGUAAACUUUAACGUAUACACUUCUUCUGGAUGGCAUCUUGCACACCAUUGGGCUUGCAUACGAGAAGACCGUUGUGCUCUUAUCGAGAUGUGUUUUGCAGUGAACACCAUGGAAUGAUUGUGCAGGUGAAGGUGAGCUCGAGGGAGUUAGUUGGGCGCAAGGCUUCUAUGUCAGUCUUAAGGACAGAAUCCUAUAUAUUUGAAUAGAGGUGCAGGGAUCACCAUUGAUAUGAAUAUGAAUUCUAAGAACGAUGGAGACUCGGGCAGCUCGGUUGAAGUGAUUGGGGAUGUGAGGAUCUCCAUUUAAAUUAUUUGGAGUUUGUGCAUCUCCCUGUGGUCACGUGGUUUUCCCCCUCCACAUUUAGAAACGUGUGUUUAGAGUAUUUGUCUGCCAUGAAUUUCCACACGACGAUCAGCCACUUUGUUGAGUUAUCAUUUGUAGAUAGGUCUCUUGAAAAAGAGCUGUAUGGCUCAGUGGGCCUUACCUGGUGAAAUAACAUGAAAAAUAAAAAUGAAAUUCUCUGGAAGAUUGAGAUGCAGUUGUCUCCAUUGAAGUAAAUUGUAAUUUUAUGGAAGAUGUAGACUCUGGCAUCUCCAUUGAAGUGAAUGGGGUUUCUAUGAAGGAUGUAUGCUGGGGCAUCUUGAUUUAAGUGAAUAGGUUUGUUAAGGAAGGUGGAGAUGUAGGGAUCUCCGUUAAAGUGAUGGUGAUCCUUUGGAAAUUGUAAGCUACCCGGAGCCUUUGUAGAUGUUUCUUUGGGGAAGAUUGCAUGAAUAUAAAUGUCAUUAAACCCGUCACUACCCGACACGGUCAAUUAGUAAGGUUUGUCACGUAAACAAAACAUGCCAAUUAGUUACUAAUUGGCAUGUUUUAGCAUACACCGGGGUUCUGAACUAGUAACGACGUGGCAUGUUUUGUUUACGUGACUAACCUUGGUAAUUGGCUGUUUCGGAUGGUGGCAAAUGUAUCGACACAUUUAUAUAUUUACGCGAUCUAACCCAAAAACACCUAUUAUGGAUGAUAUUGGUAGUGAAAGCCUCCGACUCCGCGUUACACUCAACUGGAGCCUUUUUUUCUGAUGUAUCUAUGCAACCCCCCUGCCCCCCAUACUCCUCCUGAUGGCGAAGGGCGUGUUCCGUUUCUCUUAAGCUCGUCAUUGGACACGUGUACGUAAGGCUGUACGUAUUCUGGUGAUGCGGCGAAUAAAGUCAGUCGUGUGUUACA